GUGACGUAGGAUUGGAAUGAGGGAGUGCAUGUUCCGGGUCAGAAACUGGACGGGAGAGGAAAUUAACUCCGGGACGAGACGAGGAAAAAAAAAAGCGAGAAUGCUGCCCGCCUCUACUCUGAGAUGUAGCCUGUGCUUUUUAUGCUAAAACAGAGCGUGUUUAAAAGCGGCGGGGGUCGACGUGAAACGAGGAACCAAGUGGAGAGGGAAAAAACAGGUGCCUACAAAGUAACCAAACUGAGACAACGACGGAGAGUAAUUCCCAUGUUCGCCGCGACCUGACGAACGUUAGCUCGGUAACGUUAUUUACCGCCGGAGUUUCGGUGUUUACUCGCGUCGUGAGUUUCGCCUCGCUCGUGUUCGUCGGUGAAUUUAGUGCAGGACUGUCCCGCCGUAGCAAUCUGUUGCAUCCCCACCUCCAGUCCCGCUGUUUGUUUAUCGCACGGGUACGAGAUUUAUUCCCACCUCCCCCGUGAUGUUUCACUGUAUACCCCUGUGGCGGUGCAACCGUCAUGUUGAGAUGAUCGAUAAACGCCACUGCUCCCUGCUGUAUGUGCCCGAUGAGAUUUAUCGCUACGGACGGAGUUUGGAGGAGCUGUUGCUGGAUGCCAACCAACUCCGAGACUUGCCCAAGCCAUUUUUCCAGCUGGUGAAACUAAGAAAACUUGGUCUGAGUGACAAUGAGAUCCAAAGACUUCCUCCUGAAAUAGCCAACUUCAUGCAGCUGGUGGAACUGGAUGUCUCUCGAAAUGAUAUUAUGGAAAUUCCAGAGAGCAUUUCAUACUGCAAAGCCCUCCAAGUGGCAGAUUUCAGUGGAAAUCCAUUAACGAGGUUACCUGAAAGCUUUCCAGAGCUGCGGAAUCUAACAUGCCUUUCCAUCAAUGAUAUUUCAUUGCAAGUUCUUCCAGAUAACAUUGGAAACCUUUCCAAUUUGGUAUCGCUAGAACUCAGAGAAAAUCUGCUCACAUUCCUACCAGAGUCACUAUCUCAGCUUCACAGACUUGAAGAACUCGACCUAGGAAAUAAUGAACUUUACAGUCUGCCGGAGUCAAUAGGCUGUCUUGUCAGCUUAAAGGACUUGUGGCUGGAUGGAAACCAGUUGACUGAAAUACCUGCAGAGAUGGGCACUAUGAAAAGCAUGUUGUGUUUGGAUGUGUCAGAAAACAAACUGGUGCACCUUCCUGAGGAGCUGGGAAGCCUGCUGUCACUAACUGACCUGCUGGUGUCUCAGAACCUCAUCGACGCUCUACCUGAAAGCAUUGGAAAACUACGGAAACUUUCUAUAUUGAAAGCUGAUCAGAAUAAACUAACUCAUCUUCCAGAGAGCAUUGGUAACUGUGAAAGUCUUACUGAACUUGUGCUCACGGAGAACCAGCUACAGAGUUUGCCAAGGAGUAUUGGGAAAUUGAAGCGACUUUCCAACUUCAACUGUGACAGAAACCAGCUAAUGUCAAUACCCAAGGAGAUUGGGGGCUGCAGCGGUCUGAAUGUCUUCUGUGUACGAGAGAACAGACUGACGAGGAUACCGUCAGAGCUGUCACAAGCCACGGAGCUGCAUGUGUUCGACGUCUCUGGAAAUAGGCUCACACACUUACCAUUGUCCCUGACCACACUACGACUCAAAGCCUUAUGGUUGUCAGAAAACCAGUCGCAGCCUCUCCUUACCUUUCAGACAGACGAGGAUCCUGACUCAGGGGAGAAGGUGCUCACCUGCGUGCUGCUGCCUCAGCAGCCAUGUGAACCAGACAAAGGCUCUGACAAACUUGCCCGCUUUGGAGCCCUGGAGAGCCUGGUGAAUGACAUGGCAGAUGACACGUGGGACAACAAAGCCAUGAACAGGAUCAGUGCUAUUCACUUCCUGGAUGAUGAUGAGGAGGAGGAGGAUGACGACAAGGGAACACUACUCCGGCGGGCCACGCCACACCCCGGUGAGCUGAAAACUAUGAAGAAAGUCGUGGAGAACCUCCGCAAUGACCUGAACGCUGCCAAAGGCCUGGACUCCAACAAAAAUGAGGUCAAUAACGCUACAGACAGAGUGACCACUUCUGUGUGACCUUUACCUCAGAAAUGUUUUUUACCUCCUGUGUCUCACCAUGUUGUCCUGCACAACCCCAGCAGCCCCCUGUUUUUUGUUUUUUUUUUUGUCUUACCUUUUGGCCUAUCCCUCCUCUGGUUAAACCCUGGGACGCUUGUACCCUUACUCCACCUCCAGUCCUGUGUGAAAAAAAAAGUGUUUGGCUCAGUCUACCAGGGCCACUGUGCCUUCCUCUUUUUUAAAUUAACGUCCACAGCAAUAAUCUGCACAGAGAUGCUCCUUUUAAAAGAUAUUUUAAAGAUUUAUUACUUUUUUAAAUGCCUCUUUUUAAAAAUAUUAGGUAGUUGCACUAUUAUAAGUCUUUAUAAUAUGGUCAAACCUUCUUAAAUGUAUUAUAUAUUUGUUCUAUAUCUAUUUUUAAAACACUGGGUGAAUACUUUUUACAUUUUGGGCAAAUAUAAAAGCAGGAGUUUUUGGACCUACUGAUUAAGGAUUAUUGUAUAUUCUCUUGUGAAUAUUGAUACUUUUAUACUUUUCGGCAGCUCAGAUGUAAAUAAAAAUGUAUAGUAAAUUUCUUAAUCAGUUGCAGAUUUUUAAACUUCUCAGUUUCAAACUUGGUACUUUUUCCUCUCUUUUUUAAAUUAGUGAACAAAACACAAUCACUAAUGUCUUAUUCAAUCCAUAUAAUUGUCAUUGGGUAAGUGGAUGGCCUUGAAUCCUCUUUUUUUGUUCAUCUGUAAAAUAUCUAGACCCAUUUCUUUGGAUAAUAAAUAGUUCUGAUUAAUUAAUUAAGUUUGGAUUUAAGUACUGCACAUCAAACUUUUAAGUACUUGUCUGCAAUGUAAUUAUGCAGAAAUAAUAAUGCUAUUUUAUUUAUAUGUGCUGUGCUUCACUGCUUUGCAACAUUUUUCAAAUAGAUGCCAAAAACAGCUGUAUUAUAUUUUAAAAGUUUUCCUUUCCCUUUAACAAAGAGACCUGUGUAGAGUAAUGGUCGGAGGUUUGGUGACAAUAAGGUUCAUAUCACAAAGAUGGCAUCCUUUAAAAAUGCAGUUGUUAGAAGUUCCACUUUAAUGCACUUCUCAGCGUUUCUCAGAUCUUAUUCUUUUAUAUGGUACAUGAUAAUUUGUAUGAUUUUCUUUUAAAAUUGAUUGCAAAAAAGUGGACCAGAGAAAUCGGUUCAAGUGUUGGGUUUUUAUGUUUUUAAUUAUUUUUCUGAUCAAACUGCACAAAACAGAUCUCAAGUAGGCACUGGGCCUGGAGAUUUGGAUGACUUUUUAACCACUGAUCAAUAAAACGAGUGCAACACUAAACAACAUGUUUGUAAUUCCUUUU